CGAGGUGGAAAUAAUAAUUUUGGGUCGAUCAAGCAACUAGCAAUCGAAAGAGCAGCUCACUGACUGCUGUUUUUAGCUGUUGAUUUUUUUUCUUUUUCAGAAGGGGAGUGUGUUCAGAGAGGUCUUGGACCUCGAUUUUCCAAAUAUGGAGCAGCAAUCGAAUCGGACGCAUCGGCCCUCCAAGGAGAAGAAGAAAUUCGAUGGACCGAACCCAAAGGCCUUUGCAGUCUCGAAUCCUGGAAAGUUGAACAAACAGGCGGCACGUUCGCAUGAUAUCAAAGAAAAAAGGCUUCAUGUACCUCUUGUGGAUCGACUUCCGGAGGAGGCGCCUCCGAUCGUCGUCGCCGUCGUUGGACCCCCAGGUGUCGGCAAAACGACUCUUGUCAAAUCAUUGGUCCGAAGAUACACCAAGCAGACCCUCAGCACGCCGAAAGGACCGUUAACGGUGGUAACCUCGAAAAAGCGACGACUCACGAUCCUCGAAUGCCCCGCCGACUCGCUUGCGAGUAUGAUCGAUGUCGCCAAGAUCGCAGAUAUUGUGCUUCUCAUGAUCGAUGCCAACUAUGGUUUCGAGAUGGAGACAAUGGAGUUCCUAAACGUGCUAGCUUCGAGUGGUAUGCCGGGCAAUGUAUUCGGCAUCUUGACCCAUCUGGACCUUUUCAAAAAACAGAGCACCCUGCGCAUGGCGAAAAAGAGGCUCAAACAUCGAUUCUGGAGCGAACUUUACAACGGCGCAAAGCUAUUUUACCUUUCCGGUGUGGUAAAUGGCCGUUAUCCUGACCGAGAAAUACACAACCUCUCCCGUUUCCUGUCCGUCAUGAAAAACCCUCGACCCUUGGUUUGGCGUAAUUCCCACCCAUACGCACUUGCAGAUCGAUUUUUGGACAUCACACCACCUACCCAAAUUGAAGAAAACCCGAAGUGCGAUCGCACAGUGGCCCUUUACGGAUAUCUACGAGGAACAAACUUCCCGGCUCAAGGAGCUCGGGUUCACGUCCCAGGUGUAGGUGAUCUCACUGUGUCGGGUAUCGAGAGCCUUCCUGAUCCUUGCCCAACUCCACACAUGGAUCAACAAAUGGCUAAAGCAUCCGGCAAAGGAGCAAGGCGCCGGCUAGGAGACAAACAGAAAUUGCUUUUCGCCCCCAUGUCCGAUGUUGGAGGUGUCUUGGUUGACAAAGAUGCUGUAUACAUUGACGUCAAGACAUCCAACUUUGAUAGGGACGAGGAUGAAAGUGACGAAGACAACGAGGAUCGUGGUCUCGGAGAGCAACUAGUUGUUGGUUUGCAGGGUGAACGUAAACUGCUUGGUGAAGCCGACUCCGGUGUUCGUCUAUUCCGUGGUGGCGAGGCCAUAGACAAGGCAGACGACGAAGACGAAGAAGUUGGAAGGAAGCACAGGCGGAAUGUGAGGGCUAUGGAAGGUGGACAUGACAAUGAAGGCUUAUCAGCGGAUGACGAUGAGGGCUUCGACACUGGAGAGGAUGAAGAGAUGGACCAGGAUGAUGAUGAAGGGGACAGUGAUGAGGACAAUGAGGUUGAUGCAUCUGCGCCGGCGGACUUUGAAGCAAACUUCAAGGAGAAGCAAGACGGAAAGGUUCGCCGUGAGGAUGGCGACAUUGCAUUCGCCGAUAGCGACUCCGACCUUGGUUCUAUCUCGUCGGUAGAAGACCAGCAGUUUGACAGUGAUGAGGAAGACGAAGAUGAAAACGAAGACGACCUAGAUGGCGAAGAGGAUGGGGCAGUCCGAUGGAAAGACAACAUGCUCGCCAACGCCAAGGCUCUCCAUGCCAAACGACCUGCAUUCCGUGUUCCUGAUCUAUCCCGCAUGAUGUAUGACGAGUCCAUUGCGCCGGCUGACGUUGUUCGAACAUGGCGAGGAGAAGACGACGAAGACGAAGAGGAGGAAGAGGCUGGAGAAGAUGAAGAUGACUUCUUCAAGAAGACCAACGUUGAGAAGGAAGAUGAAUCCGAUUUCCGUGCCGUUCCAGAGUUCGACUAUGAAAAGUUAGAACAAAAAUGGCAAGAUGAUGAAAUGAUCGAGUCUUUGCGAAGCCGAUUUGUCACUGCCAAGCUGGGAGGAGGAGACGACGACGAUGAUGAAGAUGACUCUGAUGUCGAUGACGCUUUCGACGAUGACGAUGAAGGAGAUGGAGAGUUCGAAGACUUGGAAACAGGCGAAGUGUUCAACGGGUUUGACGAAGAAAACGAUGAAUCCAAGAAGGAGGAAGGACCGGUGGACCUGGAUGCCGAGCGCGAGCGCAAUGCCAAGAAGAAAGAAGAGCUGAGAUUGCGCUUUGAAGAAGAAGAUCGCGAAGGUUUCGCCAACUCGAAAGACAAUUCGCGACAGAAUGGCGAAGGUGAAGAACAGUUUGGCGAGGAUGACUGGUAUGAUGCGCAGAAGGCGAAGUUGCAAAAGCAGCAGGACAUCAACCGGGCCGAAUUCGAUUCUCUUGACCCUGCCUCGAGAGCUAGAGCUGAGGGCUACAAAGCUGGAACAUACGCACGGAUUGUUCUAGAGAAGGUGCCAUACGAAUUUGCCGCCAAAUUCAACCCUCGCUUCCCCGUCAUUGUCGGUGGAUUGGCGCCCACUGAAGAUCGGUUUGGAUAUGUACAGAUCCGUAUCAAGAGGCACCGUUGGCACAAGAAGAUCUUGAAGAGCAACGACCCCCUUAUCUUUUCUCUGGGUUGGCGUCGAUUCCAAUCUCUACCCAUUUACAGCACAUCGGACAGUCGGACGCGUAACCGAAUGCUCAAGUAUACACCGGAGCAUAUGCACUGCUCUGCAAUCUUUUAUGGGCCUCUCGUUGCGCCUAAUACUGGUUUCUGCUGCUUCCAGUCUUUCUCCAACAAGACGCCAGGCUUCCGAGUUGCAGCCACGGGAGUGGUACUCAGUGUGGAUGAGCACACAGAGAUCGUCAAGAAGUUGAAGUUGACUGGUUUCCCCUACAAGAUUUUCAAGAACACUGCCUUCAUCAAGGACAUGUUCACCACUUCGCUUGAAAUUGCCAAGUUUGAAGGUGCCUCCAUUAAGACUGUGUCUGGUGUUCGAGGUCAGAUCAAGCGGGCUCUUAGCAAGCCUGAAGGUUGUUUCCGUGCCACUUUUGAGGACAAGAUCCUGAUGAGCGACAUCGCCUUCCUGCGUGCAUGGUACCCGAUUAAACCGCAUCGCUUCUACAACCCGGUGACGAAUCUGCUUGAUCUGGACGAAGAAGCCUCGGGUGACAAUGGAUGGCAGGGAAUGCGUCUGACUGGUGAAGUCCGACGCGAUCAGGGCAUUCCAACACCCAUGAACAAGGACUCGGCCUACCGCCCCAUCGAACGACCUACACGCCACUUCAACCCUCUCCGUGUGCCACGGCAGCUGGCUGCGGAACUUCCAUUCAAAUCCCAGAUCACCAAGAUGAAACCGCAGAAGGAGAAGACAUAUCUGCAGAAGCGGGCUGUGGUGCUCGGUGGAGAAGAAAAGAAGGCACGGGAUCUCAUGCAGAAGCUCACAACUAUGCGGGGCGACAAACAGGCCAAGCGUGCAGCCAAACAGGAGGAGCGGAGACAAGUCUACCGUGCUAAGGUGGCAGACAGUCUGGAGAAGAAAGCGGAGAGAGAGAAGAGGGAGCGUGAUGACUACUGGCGACGGGAGGGUAAGAAGCGCAAGAACAACGAUGGAGAAGGCGGCGGCGGAGGAAAGAAGCGCAGGUAAUCGUACCAGCUACGGGGGUUCUCUAAUGGUUUCGUCUCUUAAUGAUUGGGUUUGUACCAUGUUUCUGUCGGCCAUCAAAAAGUCAUUAUUGUUGGAUAUUGUCGAUAUGUACACUGUAUGUAUUGCAUGGUGGAUGGCGUUUGAAUUGCUUGUCUGAUGACACUGUUUCUAUCUACUACUGCCAUUAUUCCUCU